GUCGUAGUCUAGCUCCGAGUCGCAACCAUGAAGAAGAAGAAGCAUUUCUAUUUUCUUCACAAAAGUGUAAACAUUUCGCCCACGGCCAGUCGUCCAGACCUGUGAUAACCCUUACCUUCAACGUUAAGUUACGUUUUCAGCCUCCGGCAACCAAGUGUUCAUCUGCCUUAACCCAAGGCAGCGUUUAUGGUGAUAGUACAGUGCCCAGUGACCAGCAAGAUUGUUCGAACGGCCGUUGAAUUCACCCUCAACAACAUUAUGAUGGAUCAGAUGUCAAGUCAUCAACAGCUGCGUGCCUUAGUCGAGCAGCUACAAAGAGAAGCGAGCAUGGAGCGGAUGAAAACAUCGGAUGCUAUUGAUCAACUUAAGAGAUACAUCUCGGAACACGAGGCCGACGACUAUCUACUGGUCGGCUUCAGUUCUCAGAAGGCGAACCCCUUCCGGGAGAAGAGUUCCUGCACCGUCCUCUAGUAUGAUUAUGUGCGUGAGCAUGAAAAGGAUGACUAUUUGUGUCAUCCAACUAGGAACCCUAGAGCCAACCCUUUCCGUGAAAAAAGCAUCUGCAAUAUUCUGUGAAUCCCUCGUCAUACUUCAGCCAGGUUUAAUGUGAUAUACCACCUACCUUUUGCUACUGAAUUUUGAAUAUGCUAAUUACCUUAAAGUAUCUAUAAAUUUUGAUGUUUUAAUGUCGAAAUGUCAGGAGGAAUAUGAAUUCUAUAGGCCAUUCUUUAAAAAGUGGCCUUAUUCUUUGUACCAAGAUGCUUCACAGAAGGUGAAUCUAUGAACACUGCUUUUAAUGCCAUUAAGAAUAAUGUGUCCUUUGCAACAGCUUACUGUGCUGUUAUGAUGGUUUGCCUUCAUUUGUUCAGUUUAUUAAAUACCAAUUACCAUAGAAGCUGUGACUGUAUUAAGACUAUACUAGUGAAAGUCAGUAGCACAAAUCGUAAAUAACGUACAAUGAAGUAAGGUUAAUGUUUAUUUGUGGUGUAAGGAAACAACCUGUAGAAGGCCACACAAAGAUUUCAGUUGGUUGUACAGUAUAGAUAUUUUUUGCAUCACAAAGUUGCACCCUUUAACUGUAAAGAAAUUAACUAAAUAUUCUUUGCAAGUGCAAAAUAACUCAGAACUUUGUGGUAUUCAUUUUUGUACAUCAUUUGUGUAGGAAUUUUUACUUUCAAUUGUAUUUGUAAAACUGAGCUCUGAUCAAAUAUAAAGUAUCAUGCAGUAUUAAUUAUUCUCUCAGUUGGGAGAUAACAUCAAAAGAUGGAGAAGAAGAAUUCCAUUAUUUGGGUUCACAGCUAUCUUUAUUAUUUCUACUUACUGUAUAAGGAAGUUAAAUACUGUUGAGAGUUUAUCCAUUUUAUUUGUUUCGUAAUAGUCAAGAUAGCAGCUGAAUAAAUUGCAUUUCACUUGGUAAGAAAAUUAGUUUUAGCCAUCUAUUUAUGAUGAGGCUUCACAGAGCUCCCCUGAGGCCUGUAGGUGUUUAAAAGUUUACUUAUUCAAGUGUCUCCUAGAUUUGUUGUGUUUAUCCAGAUGGUACAUCAAUAUUUUUCUGUUAUGCUGAUGCUAAUAGUUUUCAUUUCGUACAUUGCUGAGGAUCAUUUGCACUCUGAGUUUUGCUCAACACUUUAAAUAGCGUUCUUUUAGAAUGACCAGUGGAUACUAGUGUUUUGAUGUUAUUUAAUAUAAUAUUCAAAAAUUCUUGCAGCCUGCAGUAUUAAAUAAUUUAAGUAUUAAAUCAUAUAAUGUGCCAUGUUUCCAAAAUAUUCUUUCUUCCUAUUGUGUUGAUAUUCAUUUGUGCCAAGUAUUUGUUUUGUGUAUAAUUACCAUUGGGUAUGUUCUAUUUUUUGCUGAAUUUUGUUUUAAGGUUGUAUUAUCGCACAAAGAAAUAAACUGAUGUUUUCCA